GUAGUUGAUGCUGAAGAAUGGAAGAUACACAUCUCAUCUGUUCAUAUUCAUGCAUUUGUUGUCCGUGUGUUUUCAUAAAUAUAUGUAUAUAUAUAUAUAUGUAUGAUAAUUUGGAAACUGAAUCUAUUUGAUCACAGCAAGAUGCCUUAACAUGCAAUAAUUCAGUUACCCUUUCCAUGGGAAACCUACGUUCCCUUUUUCCAUAGGAAAUACUGUUUCUAUAAGAUAACAGACCCGCUUUGGUCCAGUCUUUUUGUGAACCCUGUGACAUUCCAUUCCACUCUUGUGAGUGUGUGUGGGAUCAUUGUGCAAUCUGACAAACAUACGUGGAAGGAUAUAUCUUUCUUUCAUCAGCAAACUCUAACAGUCUAAUGUGAACUUAGAACAACGCUACUGAGUUUGGAAGGUGUUGAACGUUGUACCCCUGUUUUGCAGCAUGCAUUACCUAAAUGAAAGUCUGUGUUUGUGUGUCAUUAUAUAACGUAAAAUUGUUGUUGUCAGUUACAGUUUAGUAGCUAUAUCUGUCUCUUACCACCUAAGAUGCAGGACCGUGCAAAUAAAACCAAUGGAUGUCACUUGAAUGACGAAUCGGGCGUGUGCAUCUACGUAUAUGAAGGCUGGAUCUUGCAAUGAACCAGAGGGUCUCGAGGCAUCCUUAACGCAUCAGAUACAAUACACCUUCAUGUGCCGAGUACAGAAAGGACGUAAAACAUCACAAUGAGCUCAUCUAAAGAAUAUAUGAAUGGCCAUGUCUCCCUGGAAGAAUCGGAUAUGCAUGAGUCAGACGGGAAGCUGUUCCUUACUGAGGCUUUCGAUGUGAUUGUGGAGGAGAUACUUCACAAAGGAACUGACUUGAAGGAGAAGGUGUGCGAGUGGAAAGAUCCCGAUCAGCUGAGAGCUCUUCUGGACCUUGAUCUCAGAGAGCAUGGAGAAUCUCACAAGCAGUUACUGCAGAGGGUCCGAGAUGUGGCCAGAUACAGUGUUAAAACCUGUCAUCCUCGGUUCUUCAAUCAACUGUUUGCUGGUGUGGACUACCAUGCUCUGACAGGACGGUUACUCACUGAAACCCUCAACACCAGCCAAUACACCUAUGAAGUGGCCCCUGUGUUUGUCCUGAUGGAGGAGGAAGUGCUCUGUAAGCUUCGUUCUCUGGUUGGCUGGUCAGAGGGAGAUGGGAUAUUUUGUCCCGGGGGUUCAGUGUCCAACAUGUAUGCCAUGAACGUCGCACGCUACUGGGCCUUCCCUCAAGUGAAGACGCAAGGAUUGUGGGCCACACCACGAAUGGCUAUAUUUACAUCACAACAGAGUCAUUACUCUAUGAAAAAAGCAGCUGCUUUCCUUGGUAUUGGAACGGACAACGUUUUCAUCGUACAAGUGGAUGAGAGUGGCAGCAUGAUACCAGAGGACCUGGAGGCGAAAAUUGUGCAAGCAAAAUCACAAGAUGCUGUCCCGUUUUUCGUUAAUGCCACAGCGGGAACCACAGUGCAGGGCGCCUUUGAUCCUCUGAACCGCAUAGCUGACAUAAGUGAAAGAAAUGGCAUGUGGAUGCAUGUUGACGCCGCCUGGGGAGGAAGCGUGCUGUUUUCCAAAAAACAUAAACAUCUUGUUGCAGGAAUAGAAAGAGCAAACUCUGUGACUUGGAACCCUCACAAGAUGCUUCUAGCGGGAUUGCAGUGCUCUGUGGUUUUGUUCAGGGAUACCACGGAUCUGUUAAUGCACUGCCACAGUGCUAAGGCGACCUAUUUAUUCCAGCAAGACAAGUUCUACGAUACAAGCCUAGACACGGGAGACAAAUCCAUCCAGUGUGGCCGUAAGGUGGAUUGCUUGAAGCUGUGGUUGAUGUGGAAGGCAAUAGGUACACAUGGUCUUUCAGAGCGAGUGGAUAAGGCCUUUGCCCUCGCAAGGUAUUUAGUUGAAGAAAUGGAGAAAAGGGACAAUUUCCAGUUGGUCUGUAAGGGGCAUUUUGUGAACAUUUGCUUUUGGUUCAUUCCACCCAGUCUGAGAGGGACGGAGAACAGUGCGGAUUACCAGGAAAGGUUAUCAAAGGUGGCGCCAGUCCUCAAAGAGAGAAUGAUGAAGCAUGGGACGAUGAUGGUGGGAUACCAGCCCAUGGAUGGACACGUCAACUUCUUCCGAAUGGUUGUCCUUUCUCCUCAGUUGUCCACCAAGGACAUGGAUUUCCUCCUCGACGAGAUAGAGGAACUAGGGAAGGACCUGUAGUUGGUUACCUAGUUAGUUUGAAAAUCUGUGGUCUACCAGGAGACAGUAUCAUAUCACAUACCGUUUUUACAUUUUUGACUUAUACUGUUGGUACGUAAUAAAGACUUCAAUGAGUAAACUAGC